AUGGGCAGUGGUCGUUCACCAUGUUUCUAUAUAGAAGAACUUAAUAAGUACCAACAAAAGAACAGUGCAGUACUUAAGUAUCGUGAACUGUCUAAGACAGGACCUCCACAUAACUUAAGGUUUACCUAUCAAGUUAUAAUAGAUGGCAAAGAAUUUCCAAAGGCUGAAGGUAGAUCAAAGAAGGAAGCCAAAAAUGCUGCAGCCAAAUUAGCUUUUGAAAUAAUUAGUAAAGAACAGAAGGCCGCUAGUCCUUCAUCACUGCAGACAGGAAAUCCUUCAGAAGUACCACCCGUUGAGAAUUACAUAGGCCGUGUUAAUACGAUUGCCCAGAAGAAAAACCUAUCUGUAAUUUACGAAGAAUGUGAAUCGAGGGACAGUGGGCCCGAUAAAUUUCAUUAUAAAUGCAAAAUUGGACAGAAUGAAUAUGGUAUUGGUAUAGGUUCCACUAAACAGGAGGCAAAACAAUUGGCUGCUAAACUGGCUUAUGAAAAGAUACAAUCAGAAAAUUUAAUGAAAGCUGACACAUCCUCUGGUUGUUCCAGUACUGUGUGUGAUGAUGUCCAAAGCAACUCUUCAGCAACAAGCACAUCUGCUUCUGAAUCACCAUCUGAAAAUGACUUCUCAACAAAUGAAGCGGAAAGCAAUGACAACAGUGAUGCAUUAGACAAGUCUUUCCAAUCUCCAGGGAACAGUUCCAGAAAUAAUCCCAGAAAGGUGAAGAGAUCUUUGGCACCUAGAUUUGAUGCUCCUGUGAAGAGGGAAGAAAGCACGUAUACUGUGGACUCCAGGUUUACCAGAGAUUUUACAGAAGUAACACGAAUUGGCGCAGGUGGAUUUGGCCAAGUUUUCAAAGCCAAACACAAAAUUGAUGAGAAGACUUAUGUUAUUAAAUGUGUUAAAUAUAAUAACGAGAAGGUAGAGCGUGAAGUGAAAGCUUUGGCAAUGCUUGAUCAUCCAAAUAUUGUUCACUACCACAGUUGUUGGGAUGGGCUUGAUUACGAUCCUGAGCAAAGCAUAAAUUCUUCAAGAUCAAAGACUAGGUGCCUUUUCAUCCAAAUGGAAUACUGUGAUAAAGGGACAUUGGAGCAAUGGAUUGACAGUAGAAGAGGCAAGGAACAAGACAAAUGUUUGGCUUUGGUAUUCUUUGAACAAAUAACAGAAGGAGUGCAUUACAUACAUUCAAAACAGUUAAUUCAUAGAGACCUUAAGCCAAGUAAUAUAUUUUUAGUAGGUAUGAACCAAAUAAAGAUUGGAGACUUUGGACUUGUAACAUACCUCAAAAAUGAUGAAGCACGGACAAGUAAACAGGGAACUAGGCGAUACAUGAGCCCAGAACAGAUUUCUUGUAUGGAAGACUAUGGAAAUGAAGUGGACAUCUUUGCUUUGGGACUAAUUCUUGCAGAACUUCUUCACAUAUGUUCCACUGUGUUAGAAACAGUGAAGCUUCUUGACGGUCUAAGGGAAGGCACCUUCUCAGAUAAAUUUGACAGUAAAGAAAAAAAUCUUCUACAGAAAUUACUCUCAAAUGAUCCCAAGAAACGACCUAACACGUUGGAAAUACUGAAGACUUUGAAGGAGUGGAAUAAUAUUGCAGAGAAAAAGAAAUGGAAUACAUGUUAG